GAACUAGUCUGCUUUCUGACGUGUGGUCAGACGGAAACUUUAUCCUGACGCAUGAAGGUUUGGUCUCUGUGUCUCGAGGAGACUAAGCAUGUAUCCGGCAUCUAUAUCCCCAUGUUACUGAGGUGAGGCAGAAAGCCCGUCUACAAUUCAAAGAUUAAUUAUAAUGUUUCCCGAGCGGUAACAAUGACCUCAACUUGGCGGAGACGCCGAGAAUGCUCUCAACUCAGCGCAGCCAAGAUAUAUAUACCUUUGUAAAGCAGUCCACGCUUUACAGAACACACGACCACACUCCUUCAUGACACUCUAGUAACCCUCUAUCCUACCACUACCAUCUUGAAUGGAAGCGAGUUCAAGCUCGAGCUCGUCUGGCAGUGUUCAUGUUGAUCGCCAGUCGAGGUCGCCUACCUCCACACCGUCUGAAUCUCGGAAGCCUGAGUUUAGCCCUUCACAUUCAUUCAUAAUUGAAGAGGCUCUUGAAAGACCGUCAUCUACUCAAACAUGGUACAAGCGAGUCGGCAGGGCCGUAGGUUUGGAGAAUCCGAAGAUUCAGAAAGUUUGGCGAUACUUUAAAGGUCCUAGACCUAAGCGAGAUCUUGCCGAACCGUCUCCCUUUUUGAACCUCACGUUCCAGUUCGGACGGCAUACCUGGAAUCUUCCCCUAGAGCCUGCCCUUAUAAGGGCAACGCGCACAUUCACAUCGCCAUGGUUGUUCAUCCUCCUGGCUAUAGGGUACAUCAUCGGCUUUGCGUUCUUCGCUCGGGCACAGUCUUUUCAGACUCCCCCAGAAUCGUUCAUAGACUGCACUUCUGUGUACUGGACCGCUAAUGACGGUUGCGGUCUCGACGGGCAGAAUUGCGGCCCAUUCAACGAUUCAACGUUCGAAUUCCGUUGCCCAGCACAAUGCAAGAACGUUGUUCUUCAGAACCCGAGGACUGUCGGAGACACUCAGGUUAACUUCGUACCCCUGAUUGUCGGUGGAGGGGAUGGUAACAGGACAUACCGAGGGGAUACUUUUAUUUGUGCCGCUGCUGUGCAAGCAGGGCUAAUCAGCGACUCCAAGGGCGGAUGUGCCUCCCUUCAACUAAUUGGCAACUUCACAAACUUCCUGCCAUUUACCGCUAAUGGCCUCUCUUCGAUUGGCUUUGCCUCGGUGUUCCCGUUAUCCUUCCAGUUCUUACCCUCCACAAGCUUACAUCACUGUGAUGAUCUCCGCGACGCCGCACUGGCUUUCAACAUCAUUGUCACAGCACUCCUCUUCCUAGUCCUCCGCCCCAGACCUAUCGUUUUGUACUGGUGCCUGGUCUGCAUUGGAUUUUGGCACGUCGUACUAUUCUCGCAACCUCGAGACAGCCCUCCUCCUAUCGAUGUUGCCUUUGAAGCAUUCCUCCCUGCACUCUUCGUUGCAUAUGCCUUUUGGCGAGUUGCCUUCCGUUUCGUGCUGCCGGCAUUCAUGAAAGCUCCAAUUGAAGCCUCUGUGUGGUACCUUGCACCAUUCUGGACUGGUGUAUUGACAAACCUCACGACGGACAAGAUUCCCAUCAACCGACUGACUGGAUCCGACAUAGCAAAUCGUCCUGGCGCAUUGACCGCACUAAUCAUCAUAAUAGUUAUAUUGCUAGUCAUUGUGAUCAACCAGGUCAGAGUGAUUCGAAAGACGGGUUGGUUGCCCCAUUAUCUGCGCUGGUAUAUUAUCGGAGGAUUGGUGAUCCUCGUGUUGUCACAACUUCCAGGCCUGGAGCUCAGGCUGCACCAUUACAUCCUCGCGAUAGUAUUGAUGCCUGGGACUGCCUUCCCCACCCGACUUUCUGCCAUUUAUCAGGGCUUCCUGUUGGGCAUGUUCCUGAACGGGGUCGCUGCGUUUGGGUUUGAUUCAAUUCUACAAACGGCAGAUGAUUUACGGCGGGAUGGUCCACAAAAUUCUGCUUUGCCAUCAUUUGCUACUAACUCGUCUAGCUACAACGCUUCGAUGCCUCUUCAGAAUCAAACAAUCUUCUGGAAUCCUUUACCUGACGGCGAAGGCUUUGAUGGCUUCGCUCUCUUGGUCGAUGAUGUGGAGCGUUACAUAGGGGCCGCCCUCAACUAUUCCCUCGCGGCUCUGCAGGAAGGCAUACCGCACUUCUUCCGACUGGCGUACACAAGUGGUGGCCAAGCUGGUGACUUUACGAUGCCUGCAACACUCUGGCCAAAUGGAACAUGGGUAGAACCCCUUCCGGGCCCCUCAUAGUUUUGGACUCGUUAUGUUACCUUAUCUUUUGGACUUUGAUGUACGACUACUAAUUUCUGAUAGACAUGGAUGGAUUCAAUGUGUAUUUUUCCCUUUGCAAUUGCAUACACUGGCUUUGCCCAGUGGAGGCAGGGUGAGCCUCUGGCCAAAAA